AUGAAUAAAAAGGCACUCGUUUUCGGGGAUUUGACCCAAGAUGAGGUCGACGCUGUUCUGCAAAGUGACAAGCUAUUGGAACAAUUCAUCACGGGUUGGUCAUCAGACGAGCUUCAUCAACUGCCAAAAUCGACGAGGAAGAGCAAACAUAAAUCUACUACAGAAAACGCCCAUGGAUCAUCAAGGAUUUCAAAGGAUGCAGCUUCCAGUCCCUUCUCUCCAGGUCAUACUGCUUUCGGCUCGCCAGUCCUGCCUAGAUCCUCUGCAUCCACGACAACACGUUCAACCCCAACAACAACACGUUCAACCCCAAUAAGGCAUCCUCAAUCCUUGCCUGAUCAUCAGCCUGUACUCGAUCUAGUUACCGUGUCUCAGACAGCUCCCUCAGCGGCAAAGACAAAACCUCCUCUCGCUGCAGACACCAACUCUAUACCAAGAACGACGACACUUCAGCCGAAACCUACAGUCGAUGUCCCAUCAUCAGCGCCAACACCGCCAGCAUCUAGUCUUGCCAUACCGAAUAAUAUUGCUCCUGCUACUAUAACACCACAGCCAAGCAGUAAGCCUGCAUGGUCCAGCAUAGCAUCCAGCAGACCCCAACAACCUAGUAUAUCAAAACCACCAGUUAUUAAUAAUGUGUCAGCAUCAUCACCUGCGUCUUCAUCUGCACUGUCGUCGCCUGUAUUAUCGCAUACAAUUGCAACUCCAGUAUCUCCUACACUCUCAACAACCUCAUCGUCAUCUUUGCAUCCUACCACUACUGUAGAACAAGUACAAAGUAAAACAGAUACUAGUAGCUCGAUAAUUUCAUAUUCAUCGAUUGCAUCCACUGCGUCAAGUGCAGCCAACCGUCAACAUCUUGCUAAUGGUAGAAUACCCAAUGGUGUCUUGACACCUCACCAACUGCAGCAGCGGCAACUGAAUAGUAAUGCUUUAAAACCGCCAUUACCAUCUACACCACUGCCGAAUGUCGUCACCACUUCUAUGAUGACUCCACCACCUAGUAGCAGUCCUCAACAAAACCCGCAAAAUUCAUCUGUAUCUAGUACAUCAUCGUCCCCAACUCCAGCUCCAGAAUCAAUAACAUCACCUGCCGCCACUCCUGCUACCACAGAAAAUGGAAAUGGGAGUUUACUGUCAUCAACAACGACUACACCAUCACAGAAAUCAACUAGUCCUGUAGUCCUGUCACCAAAGACAAGUCCGAUAUCAUGGGCUGGUGUCGCUAAAAUUGGUGUUGGACCAGGCACUGAAAAAGGCGUCGGUGCUGUUGGUCAUGUUUCUAAACCUGGUGCUAGAAAGCAAUCGUUUUAUGAAAAACCUAGUGACCUGCUGAAACACUUUGAGCCUUCUCUUGACUGUCCGUUGAUAAUACCUAGAGGACUAGUCAAUAAUGGAAAUAUGUGCUUCAUGAACGCUAUUCUGCAGCCCUUAGUCUACUGUCCGCCCUUCUACAAUCUAAUGAAGAUGGUUGGCAAAAGAGUCAGCCACUCAUUCAGUAGACGGACACCACUAACAGAAGCAGUGAUUAUGUUUCUAAACGAGUUCGACAUUGAAGAUGAAACUCAACGUAUACCACCCGAAGCAGAUCCCUCCACACCAUUCGCUCCCGAAUAUGUAUAUGAUGCUCUAAAGUCACUGAAGAAGAUCAAUUCGACUAAAGGAAGACAAGAAGAUGCUGAAGAGUUCUUGGGAUUUAUACUUGAUGGCGUACAUGAAGAACUCUUGGAGGUUAUGCACGAAGGAGAUCCUUCUGCUUUAGCAGCCAGGAAUAGUACGAAUAGUAAUGGCAGUCAGAUGGCUGGGAAGGAAGCGAUGCCGGAGAGUAACGAUUGGACUGAAGUUGGGAAGGGGAACAAGACUCUUGUUACGAGAAGAACUGAAAUAUCAACAUCCCCCAUAACGAAAAUAUUCGUCGGACGGAUGAGAUCGACUAUUAGGCAUCCAGGUAGCAGAGAUUCUGUAACUGAUGAACCUUUCAUGUUCCUCCAUUUAGAUAUAAAUCCCGAUUCUGUGAGCACCAUUGAUGAUGCAUUACGGAAUGUCGCUGUUCCUGAAGUGUUGGAUGAAUUCACUUCACCUACUAAAGGCACCAAGGUCGAAGCCACAAAACAGAAUCUACUGGAUACCUUCCCUCCCAUUCUCUUGCUGCAUUUGAAACGAUUCGUGUAUACUCACACUGGAGGAACACAAAAGAUACAUAAGCAUGUUGCUUAUUCGACAGAAUUGGAUGUCCUGGCUGAUAUAAUAUCACCCACCACUCGUGCGACGAUAUCGGCAGUCAAGUACCAGCUAUUUGCAGUUGUAUAUCACCAUGGCAAGCUAGCAGCAGGAGGACAUUAUACCUGUGAUGUAUUACGAGCACCAAAUCAAUGGCUAAAUAUUGAUGAUGCUCUUGUUCAAAAAGUUCACGUUAGUGAGGUGCUGAGGGAGAAGCGUGAUCGGGAUGUCUAUAUGCUCAUGUUCCGUAAAAUAUAA